ACAGCAGAGCUGGAGCCUGGAUCAUAUCUGUUAUUGUAUCCCAGGCUUUCCUUAUCCUCUCUAAUCUUAAAUAUAUAGAUUCUGGCUUAGCAAUUUAGCCCUGAGUGUGCUCUGCUGGAUGCUGCGAGGUAGAAGUCUAAGGAGAGCCCUGCUCAUGAGGUGGAAACGUGUCUUGUAGGAGACUAAAGGAAUUCCAGGUCCAGAUCUCAUGGGGUCACACUAAGGAGCAGCCAAGAGCCAAGUUGUAGAAGAUCAGUGUUUUGUCUUAGUGGAGGAGACAGAUCUCUCAAGGGUUAUCAUGAACAUCAUUGGGAGUUACCAGCACCACCAUAUGAUGCCAGAACCUUUCAUCUUCACUCCCUCCUCCAGAUGUCACCAGGAAAGACCCUACUUCCAGGGAUGGGUCCUCAACCCCGGAGAAGUGUCACCAGAAUUUGCCACGCAGCCCCCCUACAGCCCUGAAUAUGGCACCGUAGGCCCAUCCCAGACCAGCAACCGCCUGGAGGCCCUGACUGGUAGACUGAGCAGGAGAAAGGGAGUCCCCCCUAAAAAGGAGAGGAGAAGGACAGAAAGUAUCAACAGUGCUUUUGCAGAGCUUAGGGAAUGUAUCCCUAAUGUGCCAGCUGACACCAAACUCUCAAAAAUCAAGACCCUCAGGCUUGCCACUAGCUAUAUUGGCUACUUGAUGGACGUUCUAGCCAAGGAUACCGAGCCUGGAGGCACUGAGGGGUUUAAGGCUGAGCUCAAGAAAGUUGACAGUAGAGACUGUAAAAGGAAAAGAGAAGGGAGUGAAGGAUUCUGGGGUAAUAGUCCAGCAGGGGAGAAGAAACUGAAGGGUCGGACAGGGUGGCCACAACAGGUCUGGGCCUUAGAACUGAACCCUUAAAAGUUGCCUUAAUUACCCUCAAUGCACUGUAACCCUCCUACAGAAUCAUAGACAAAUGGAAUUUAAUCACUGAGCACUGCUAUUAAGGCUGGGUGGGAAAGGACAGACAAACUUAUGUGCAAUUUAAAAAAAAAAAAUCUAUUUCUAUGGACAAUUUUUAAAGAUUUUUUUUUUCUUUUGUGAAGACAGGAUUGUGCACAAAUGAUUACCAUGUGUUUGCGUGAGAAGUCUGCAAAUUAUAAACUGCCUUCAAUGGAUCUAUAUGUAAAGAACCACAAAAUGUAUAUAACAAUAUAAAAAGUUGGACCAUCUACAUA